AGACAACUGGCGGGGCAGCCGGACAAUAUUGAAACUUUGGAAAAUACGGCGAAGAAAGACAGAAAAGCGAACGAAGACAUCCGACGGACGGUCGAUUCGUUGCACGGAUCGACGACAGCGUUAACGAAGAAGGUGGAAGAAAUGGGAGCCAUCGGUGGAACCGGGGGAAGGGGAGGAGGAAUACUCCGCGGACCCGCGCAACAACAGAUUUCGAACAUGCAGAAGGAAAUGGACAUCCAAUCCGCACAGCUGUCGGAACAGAAUUUGCGUUUUCAGAUUCUGGAAACAGCCAGCUACGACGGCGUGCUUAUGUGGAAGAUAAGUUCCGUGCGUAUGAGGAAGCAGCAGGCGGACAGUGGCAAAAUCGUGUCCCUUUACAGCCAACCCUUCUACGCCGGUCGGUUCGGAUACAAGAUGUGCGCCCGAAUCUAUUUGAACGGCGACGGAAUGGGGAAAGGGACGCACGUUUCCAUGUUCUUCGUCGUCAUGAAAGGAGACCACGACGCCCUACUCAAAUGGCCGUUCGAUCAAAAGGUGACGAUGCUGCUGCUCGACCAGGACGACGGAAAGCUCACGCUCUCGGACAGCUUAAAACCGGACACUCGAAGCAGCAGCUUCAAAAGACCGACUGGCGACAUGAACAUAGCUUCCGGGUGCCCUCUCUUCGCUUCUCAGGACAUCCUGAAAAAUCCCGUUUACGUCAAAGACGACACAAAGUUUCUGAAGAUGAUCGUCGACACGAACGGUCUGUACGUUUGA